GGGUCUGAUCCUGGAGGGCCCCGGGAUGCCUGAUCCGGGGAAACCCCGGAAAGACCUCACACGAUGGAAGAAGAAGCAGCCUGUGCACCGUACUGUCAGUCAGAUCUGCCCGCCGCCCCGACGGCCGCUGACGGUGGUCGACAUCCGCCCGGGCAUGGAGAACGAAAGGCUGGGGGUCGUGCGUGACUCCAUGUUUCAGAACCCGCUCAUCGUCAAGGCGGAGCUUGGCAAGCCCAGGGAGAGAAGCUGCAGCUUGCCUGGUGUCAACUUUAAUUAUGGACUCUACAUCCGAGGGCUGGAUGGAGGGGUCCCUGAAGCUAUUGGGCACUGGAACGUGUUUAAGCAGCAACCCACCUGCCCCCACGAGCUGACCCGGAACUAUAUUGCCAUGAACCGUGGGGCUGUCAAAGCUGGCCUGGUGACUGCCCGGGAAAACAUGCUCUAUCGUGAACUGAAUGACAUGCGAAUCAAUGACCAGGAAGACCGGAGACAGAAGGAGCCGCCCCCCAUCCCUCCCAACAUGACCUUUGGGAUCCGUUCACGGCCGUCAACACCCUUCUUUGACCUGUUACAACAUCGGUACCAGCAGCUGUGGGUACAGGAACAGAAGGCCACUCAGCAAGCCAUCAAAAUGGAGAAGAAACAGAAGGUGAUCCUGGGGAAACUGUAUGAGACGAGGAGCAGUCAGCUGAGGAAGUACAAGCCUCCCGUGAAGCUGGAUGCUCUCUGGCACAUGCCUCACUUCAAGAAGGUGGCUCCCCAUCUUGCUACAUUCCCUACUGAGGCUGAUCGCCAGAGAGCUCUCAAAGCCCACAAGGAAGAGCAUGCUGUGCGCCAGGGCACCCUGCGGAUGGGCAACUACACCCACCCCUAGCCCUCCCCGCAGGAGGAGCCUCCGAGAUGCUCUAGAAAAAAAAUCCCCAAGGAACUCAGUUUUCUCCCCCAAACUCCAGGAAGACAUUUCUACAUUUUGACACAGCCCUCUGCCACAGGGACCUCAGACUCAAGUCUUAGGUUACUUAUUUUCUUUAUAAGAAUCCCAACCCCCCUUACCCUUUUUUUAGACAAUACAAGUCUUAUCUUUCUCCCAGUUUCCCUCUGCCUAGAAACCACCAUCCUCCUCAAAAUUCUCUUCCUCCUCUCUUUCCCACUUCCUCUCUUCUUCCUUUUCUCUUUCCAUGUUCACCCCUCCUCCUUUUUCAGGAGAUCUACUCUGUCUCUUUGCAAGUCUUACUUUACAUGAUAAACCAAAAAUACAAAGCAGUUCUUAAAAAAAAAAAAAUCCAGGCUAAGAAUCAAUUUCAUGGCCCUGUCUAUGCCUCUGUACUUCCUGCAGAAAAGUGUAGCACCAGCAGGCUUUGAAAGCACUCAUUUCUUAUUCCAAACAUGAGUUUUAAUUACCCUUCUGGGGAUGACUGGGGUCUCGACACGGCAGGAUUGUCUCUCUGGGACCCUUGACAGCAGGAAGAGCCCUCGGUUCAUUACUCAGGGCCAGGCCCCGCCCUCAAUGCUGUGGCCCUGUCAAUCAGUCAGACCAGCAUGGACUUCUUAAGACUACCUGGCUGUGGUUCACCCCUCCAAAGGAGAAGGCCUUGUGUUGAGCAGGUGGUUGAGGGCAGUCCAGCUGUGGGAUAUCUCUAGUACUUUGAAUCACACUUUUCUCCGGUGUCUUUGGCUUCUCUCCACAAAUUACAAAAGGAUUUAUUUUAAAUAUAAGAAAGAUGACUUGC